AUGAACAGCAAGAGUUUAGAGCACCUGGAGAAAAUGGGUGGACCCUUUCCCUUCCAAUGCCUAAAUGAAAGGUCAGCUUUCAAGGCCACAGAUAUCCUCAAGGUCCGACUGGCCCAGCAAGAGAACGCCAAGGCAGCCAUCCAGCAGAUCCUCCAAGAGCUCUUCCAGAUCUUCAGCAAGAAUCUCACCCACGCUGCCUGGGAUGGGACUUCCAUAAAGGAAUUCCAAAAUGGAAUCCACCAGCAGAUUGAGAAGCUGGAGGUGUGUUUGAGUGCUGAGGUGGAAAAGGAAACAACCUACCCAGGAAAUGAGAGCCUCCUGCACACCAGCCUGAAGCUAAGGAGGUACUUCCAGACAGUACGCCAUUUCCUGAAAGAAAAACAAUACAGCCGCUGUGCCUGGGAGAUCAUCCGCUUGGAAGUAUCCAGAUGUUUUCUCGUUCUCAACAUACUAACAAAGAGAAUUGAAAAUUAA